GGGGUGUCGCUGAAAAGGGUAUCCGAGAAACUUGAUGUCGUUGACAAAAAAAAACAAGGAGGUGGAUCGUAAAAACGAGAAGCUCGUAAAGAAGUUGGAAAGCCUAGAAAGGGUGCCUAAGAAAGAGGAGGCAAGCAGCAGCGAGAAGCGGAAACGAGUGAUCGGGGUGAACUCACCUGCUGUUGCAGAACGCCACAAGUUGAGAUCGCGAUCGAGGAGUGGUGGAAUCAAACUCCGGCAGCCAUGGAUCGAAGUAUCUUCAGAUGACGACGACGAAAGGAAGAAGGCGCAGGAGGCAACAAUUGAAGGGCCACCCCCAGAGAAUGUAUCAUCUUCGAACAACGUCAACUUGGAAGACGUCAUGAAGAUGCUGGCUAUCAUAGCCGCGAAGACUAACCAAGGAAACGAGAACCACGCUGUCGAGGCUAAGCCAGAAGAUGAAGAAGCGUCGAAAGGAAGCCGGGCAACAAACCCCGCAUCCACUGAGGAGAACAAUGAUGACUCUGAAGACGAGGAGGGCAAGCUCAAAGUCAAUCGAGGUGGAGAAAGUGGGCGUGUCGAAGUAGGAAUCGUUGAAUAUAUGAGACAGCAAUUGGACCACUAUAUGGAAAUAACGGGGAAGAAGAUCAAAGGGUUGUGCCUCAAAAGGGACGUGAAGUGGGUACAAAAAGAUAAGAGCGCGUGGGAACUCGCUAAGCAAGACACAGAGGAGUUCACAAGACUGAUGAACGGAGAAGGGGAAGAAGAAGAGGCAGCGAAAUCUGGACAAGAGGAAUACGACGACGAUGAAGAAACGGACAACGCCGAAGGUCAAAAGAUCGUGUCGGGGAACUGAACAUCUCCAAGAGAAGCCUACUUCGAUCUCUCAGAAGAUUGAGUGACGGAAUGAGGAAAUCCGAUGGCAGAUUGAAACGA